UUUUUUUUUUAACUAACUUGACAUCGCCAUCUUGACUCAGUUUCUUCCUGAAGUUUUUAAGCUUUUAGGACUUUCUUCAGAACUGUGGAUUAAACCAAAAUGGGUGCUUGUUUGGCAGUGAGUUGCCUUGCCAACUGUGCGUCCUGUUUGUGUGGCUCGGCCCCCUGCCUCUUGUCAUCAUGCUGCCCGUCAACGUACAACUCCACCGUGAGCCGGCUGGCCUUCUCCUUCCUGAUGCUGCUCGGGACUAUGGUGUCCGUCAUUAUGAUUCUCCCAGGCAUGGAGGAACAUCUUAAAAAGAUUCCAGGCUUCUGUGUUGGCGGAACCACCAUUCCCGGCAUGGAGAACAAAGUGAACUGUGACAUCAUUGUUGGCUACAAGUCAGUGUACCGCAUGUGCUUCGCCAUGGCCUGCUUCUUCUUCCUCUUCUCCAUCAUCAUGAUCCGAGUGCGCAGCAGCAAGGACCCCCGAGCCGCCAUCCAAAAUGGUUUCUGGUUCUUUAAGUUCCUGGUGCUGGUCGGUCUAACUGUGGGAGCUUUCUUCAUUCCAGACGGCAUGUUUACGACAGUGUGGUAUUACUUUGGCGUGGUGGGCUCCUUUAUGUUCAUCGUCAUCCAGCUCAUCCUGCUGGUGGACUUCGCCCAUUCCUGGAACCAGUCCUGGCUGGAGAGGGCAGAGGACGGAAACCGCAAGUGCUGGUUUGCAGCUCUGCUUUCCGUCACCUUCAUCAACUUCGCCUUGGCUUUCACUGCUGUUGUGCUCUUCUACGUGUUCUACAUCCAGCCUGACGGCUGCACGGAGCACAAGGUCUUCAUCAGCCUCAACUUCAUAUUCUGCAUCAUUGUGUCCAUCGUGGCCAUUCUGCCCAAAGUUCAGGAGGCCCAGCCGAGCUCAGGUCUGCUCCAGGCCUCCCUCAUCUCCCUCUACACCAUGUAUGUCACCUGGUCAGCCAUGACCAACAACCCCAAUCGGCAGUGUAACCCCAGUCUGUUGAGUUUGGUCCAGCCCGCCAGCCCAACUCCACCACCAGGUCCUGCUCCUCCUAAAGAAAACGUCCAGUGGUGGGACGCACAGAGCAUCGUGGGAUUGCUCAUUUUCUUGUUCUGCACUCUCUACGCCAGUAUCCGCUCCUCCAACAACUCCCAGGUGAACAAGCUGAUGCAGACUGAGGAGGGCCAGGGUCUGACCGCCGUCGAGUCCGUGGAGGGGGAGGACGGAGUCCGACGGGCCGUGGACAACGAAGAGGAGGCUGUCACCUACAGCUACUCCUUCUUCCACUUCAGCCUCCUGCUGGCCUCCCUCUACAUCAUGAUGACCCUCACCAACUGGUACAAGCCCGGGACCGAUUACAGCAUCAUGCAGACCACCAUGCCGGCCGUGUGGGUGAAGAUCUGCUCCAGCUGGCUCGGCUUGGCCAUUUACCUGUGGACCCUGGUGGCCCCGCUGGUGCUCCCCGACAGAGACUUCAACUAAACGAAGUCUGUCAACAUGUGGCUGCCAGCCUCUUGCUAUUUGCACCAGGAUAGCUUUAGCUUUAAAUCGAUCUGUUUGAUUUGCUUGCAACACCACAUUUAAAAUCAGCAAAUGAAAGUUGAAAUGAGCAAAAGAAUCGUUUGAGUUGAGAUUUAAUCACACAUAGCAGUUUUUCCACCUCAGGUUAUUUUGUCUUUCCACUGUUACUGAGAUUCUGAUUGAGAGCACUACACAGCUUUUAUUGGACGACACCAAAUGAAACUUAGUUGAUCCCUAUGGGGAAUGGAUGUUUUGGCUUUGUUUCACUACAUUAAUGUUAAUUGUUCAUACUUUUUAUAUUGUUUCCUUUAAAUCACUUGGAUUCCAUGGACUAUAGCUGCAACUAACAAUGAUUUUCAUUAUCGAUCAUGAGUCAGUCAUUUUCUCGAUUGAUUAGUUGUUUAAUUCAGAAAAUGUCAGAAACUGACAAAAUGUUGAUCACUGUCUCCCAAAGCCCAAGGUGACGUCUUCAAACGCCUUGUUUUGUCGACAACCCAAAGACAUUCAGUUUACUGUCAGAGAGGACUGAAGAAAGCAGAAAUCGAAAAGGUUUGAUAUUUUGGCUUUAAAAAAUGAUUUAAUGUGAUUCAUUUAAAAGUUGACAACUAAUCGAUUGAUCAACUAACCGUUGCAGCUCUAGCAUGGACGUCCAAAUCGUGCAAACUAGAUUUUAGUUAUGCAUGUUAUUUUUUUAUUGCACCGCUUUGUUGUAGUGCUCAGUUUUAUAACAGCAGUGCCUUAUUAUAUGUUGCACACAAGUUAUUCUGAGGGACCAUUUUUGAUAUCUUUUACAUUUUUGUUGUCAGUAUAAAGUUUCUUUCUCAAUAUUCUGUAUAUUCACUUGUCAUUAUACUCAAUAAAGUUGACAUCCUGUUCAAUGUCUGUAA